GUUUAGACUUUAAAUUGACUACUCAAACAAAUAUGGAUGAAGUAGAUAGUAGGCCUAACACUGAACCGGCUUCAUAUGUUAGCCAGGUUAUAAAUGAGAUUUUCUUCAGUCCUAUUAAUCUAAUUCUAUUAACAGUAUGUGGUUUUCUGAUUUACAAACUGUUUUUGGCUAAAGAUAAAGCUUCAUCUACUCCAUCAAAAUCCCAAGAACUCCCCCCAUUGAAAAAGAAAGACAUGACACUGGAAGAACUGAGUAAUUACAACGGCACUGGUCCCGAUGGCAGAGUAUGUAUUGCUGUGAACGGGAAGAUUUUCGACGUCACCAGAGGAAAACGAUUUUAUGGUCCAGGUGGCCCUUAUUAUGCUUUUGCUGGUCGAGAUGCUUCAAGAGGAUUAGCCACUUUCUCGGUAGAAGCAACCAAUGAUGAAUAUGAUGAUCUCUCAGACUUAAACACUAUGCAGAUGGAGAGUGUGCGGGAAUGGGAGAUGCAAUUUAGAGAGAAAUACUAUUAUGUUGGAAGACUGCUAAGGCCUGGUGAAGAACCAACCGAUUACUCGGAUGACGAGGAGACUAGUCAGGACCAAAGUUUUAAAGAAGGGGAGAAGUCAGAUAAGGAAAAUUGUGAAGAAAAAUCCAAAGAUGAAUAAGUACGCGAACGAAAUAAAAACUGUGAAGAAAUCUUCUUACCUCUAUAGAUAAUGCUGUAUUUGGUCCAGUCUUUUGCAGGGUGAAAUAAGUUUUUAAAUGAGUUGCAAUCUUGAGGAAUGUACAAUAGAUGAAAAAACAUUAUUACAGGGGAAUAUUUUGGUGUCUCUUGUUUAUUCUUAUAUAUUAUGUUGUUAUUAGCACCACGUGUUUCUUACUAAAUUUUACAUGCAUUGAAGAAAUAUGUUGCAGGUUAAUUAUUGUAAUUUUGAUUGAAUUAAUUUCAAUAGUGAAUAUGAACUUAAUUUACCAGUACUUAUUAAAACGAAAGUACCAAUAUGGAAUGUUUUUAAAAGAGAUCCUUCGCUUGGCUGUAAACAUUGCUUUCUUCAUUGAGUGUGAUGCAGAUGGCAGCAAAAUAACAAACCAUUUUAAAGAACUAAUAAGUUGAGAAAAGGAAGUCAUUUCAUGUCUAUUUGUAUAAAUAGUUAUUUUGCAGUUUUUGUGUGUGUGUAUGUUUUGUAAAAUGAAAUUUGGUGUAGGAUAUAUAUUCGUGUCAACCGCUCUGUUGUUCUUUACGAGUUUGGUAUAUUUGUUUAUUCAUACUAUAGCUGAAUAAGACAGACUCAUCUGGAAAUUACUUUUUUGUUUAUUAAACUGAGCAUUAGAUGUAAAAUUUUUAUUAUUUGUUCAAUGAAUUUUUUAAUGUCGAAAGGAUUUUGAAUUUGACAUUAAAAAACCAAACGAGGUUAGUGCAUUCGUAAAUUAAGAACCAUUGUCCGGCAAUAUCGGCCGAAUUUGAUGUAAUGGUAUUAAUAUGACUUGCCAGAUUCUCAAAAAUUAUAUGUAUUAAAGCAUAUUGUAUCAUUAUUUCAAAAA